AUGGAGCCGCUGAGCUCGCUGCUGUGGGUGAAGGCGCAGAGCUGCUCCGUGAGCCUGGAACCCGCGCGGGCGCGGCUGCGCUGGUGGAGGAGCCCGGGGCCCGCGGGCGCCCCUGGCGCGGAUGCCUGCUGCGUUCCUAUCUCCGAGAUCAUCGCUGUGGAAGAAGCCGGUGUUAACAAGAAACACUGCCCCAGUGGAAAAUGGCAGAAGAUGGAAAAGCCCCAUGCUUUCACAGUGCACUGCGUGAAGAGGGCCCGACGUCACCGCUGGAAGAGGGCCCAGGUGACGUUCUGGUGUAUGGAUGAGCAGCUGUGCAACCUGUGGGUGCAGACGAUCCGGGAGCUGCUGGGGAAGCUGACAUGUAGACCAAAGCAUUUACUAGUGUUCAUCAAUCCAUUUGGAGGGAAACGACAAGGCAAGAGGAUUUAUGAAAAGAAGGUGGCUCCGUUGUUUGCUUUGGCCUCCAUUACCACGGAGAUCAUUGUGACGGAACGUCCUAACCACGCCAAGGAGAGCUUGUAUGAGAUGAACAUGGAUAAAUAUGAUGGAAUUGUCUGUGUUGGUGGGGAUGGUACGUUCAGCGAGGUUCUUCACGGCCUGAUUGGAAGGACGCAGAGGAAUGCCGGCGUGGAUCAGAACCACCCCCGCUCCACCCUGGUCUCCAGCCCCCUCAGGAUUGGCAUCAUCCCCUCCGGGUCCACAGACUGUGUGUGUUACUCAACUGUCGGGACCAACGACGCGGAGACGUCAGCCUUGCACAUCAUUGUCGGAGACUCGCUUCCCAUGGACGUGUCCUCGGUGCAUCACAACAACACCCUGCUUCGAUACUCGGUGUCCCUGCUGGGCUACGGCUUCUACGGGGACAUCAUCAAGGACAGCGAGAAGAAGCGGUGGAUGGGCCUCAUUAGAUACGACUUCUCAGGUUUGAAGACAUUUCUCUCCCACCAGUGCUAUGAAGGAACGGUCUCUUUCCUUCCGGCCCAGCACACAGUGGGCUCCCCGAGGGACCAGAAGCCCUGUCGGGCGGGGUGUUUCGUGUGUAGGCAAAGCAGACAGCAGCUGGAGGAGGAGCAGAAAAAGUCAUUAUACGGUUUAGAAAACACGGAGGAGGUGGAGGAGUGGAAGGUGGUCUGUGGUAAAUUUCUGGUCAUCAACGCCACCAACAUGUCCUGCGCCUGCCCCCGGAGUCCUGGGGGCCUCUCCCCAGCCGCCCACUUGGGGGAUGGGUCUUCCGACCUCAUUAUCAUCCGGAAGUGUUCCCGGUUCAACUUCCUGAGGUUCCUCAUCAGACACACCAACCAGUACGACCAGUUUGACUUCACCUUUGUUGAAGUUUACCGCGUGAAGAAGUUCCAGUUUACAUCAAAGCACCUGGAAGAGGAGGACAGGGACCUCAGGAAGGGCAGCAAGAAGCGGUUCGGGCAGCUUUGCAGUGAGAAUCCUGCAUGCUGCUGCCCCGCCUCUAACAGCACCUGGAACUGUGAUGGGGAGGUUCUCAACAGCUCUGCCAUCGAGGUCAGGGUCCACUGCCAGCUGGUUCAACUCUUUGCCCGUGGGAUCGAAGAGAAUCCAAAGCAAGCAGUGCAGAGCUGA